AUGGGAGGUAGAGUCGGGCAACCUGCUUGGCUAUCAGGCGUAGACGUUCCAAGGAAGCAGUCCAAUGCCAAGCCCGCCGCCGGUGGGGUCGUCCUUCCGGUUGAGAUCUCCAGCUCGCACACGAGCGAUUCCACCUGCUCCGUCCCCGCCAACUUCGUCGUCGUGAUCUUACAAGAGCACAGCUGGAUCCGGGAAAUCUUCAAGGCUACCCAGAGGGUCUACAUGAACCUGCUACACUACCACCUCUUUAUCUUCGUCGUAGUGAUGGGGAUGAUCGAGAUUAUCAAGGUGUUCAACAGCUACAAGAACUACAAGCUCAGGAUCGACUAUGUUGGCUCCGCUACCAGAAGGUGCGCCAGCUAUGGAUGCAGCAAUCACCUUUCAGGUGUUCUGGGUGCAGUGGAGAGCACUUACUCUAGAUGGUUAGCCGCAUCGCCAUUGGAGAAGCUAUCUAUUGAGCCACAAGGUUGUAUACGCACUUUCAACCAGGGGGCUCUGCAGAACGACAAGAAGUACUCAAACAGCUGCAGGUACUUCGAGCGUGGCCUCGCUGGAUGGAGCGCUGCAGUGAUGGCCUAUCAGAGGCACUUGCAGGCGGAGAUCGAGGCCAUGCUUACGGCCAAGACUGGGACUGUCAGGUGGGAAGGCCGCAACCCAAGGGGGCACGCGAUGGGCCUCACAAGGGAGACAAUACCGGGCACGGCGUGGACGUUGGAGACCUUGAUCCAGGCGGCACAGCAGAUAAUUCGUCAGCUACAGCUCUGGUGGAUAGCGGAGCGACCCACAGCCUUCGGUCAGCCGCGUCCGGAGGAGUGGGACAAGUCGUCGGAGGUGAUGGUACAACUAGCGGGAAACUACAAGCUGGUUAUGAGGAUAUCAGAUGUGGGAACAUUGCUGAUGCCUUACAGAGACGUUCAGAGCAAUCAGCAGCACCUUCCAGGUCCUCAAGCCCAGACUAUAGUACCAAUGGGACAGCUGAUUGAAACGCUGGGAUACACGAUGAUGUGGAGUCCAAAGGAGUGCUAUCUACAAUCACCUGAAGGAGUUCGAAUACCUUUGCAAGUGGAUGGUGGAUGUCCUCAGUUAGCGGAAAUGGAAGCGCUAGCACUCAUUGCUCGGUUAGAAGAUCGUAAAGUUGAAGAGCUCAACAAUUCUGUCCUGACCACACAGGACAAGUUGAAGGUGUCGGCCGUGGCAAUGGAGCACACCUGGGAGUACGACUUGUUCGACUAUGUUGCAAAGGGUGCAUUUGAGUCGGGGUUACGAGCAGUGAGAGACGCACCGUUCUUCGCAGACCUACCAGGAGAGUGCUUGUCUGGUAUGAUACCAACUGCAGGGCUUUGGUCUGGCUGGGACACCAUGAAGAACCUCGGUUACUUGAACAGAGCGCAGAAAAGGAAGCUGCUGACCUCCAAAAGGUGGAUAGUGCACUUGUUCGCUGGAAAGGAGGGACAUUAUGAGAUGUUCAAGUUGGACCAAGGUGAUACAGCUGUGAUUGAGUUGGACAUUGAGCGGUGUCAAGGCCACGAUCUGUUCCGGGCGGAAACAUGGCGCAUGUUGCUAUGGGGAGCCAAGGAGGGCAAGAUCGAUGCAAUCUUUGGAGGAGAAGGAGAAGCAGUACCUGAAGCGCCAGACAAUGAAGCAGUGUGGGCACCAGGAUUAGACGCUACAUCAAAGGGAACCCUGGGAAAGAAUCUCAAGUAUCUUCUCGUGGGAAAGUACCUGGUUCCAAAGCAAUAUAUCGAGGACUAUUCUGGGCAACCAACCCCCAGUGUGGCAGAAGUACGCGAACUUGAUCUACUACCACCGCUAACAGAUGAGCAAAAGAAGGACAUGGAGGAGUUAUUUGGUGAAUCUGAGUCUGGGACUGAGCUACCCCUCGAGUGUCCUCAAGUCGAAGUUGUUGGUGACGAAGCAACCCAUUUUCAAUAUGGACCUGAGGACGAUGAGAUGGGAAGUUAUGAACCAUCAGAAGCUGCUGACGAAGAGGUGGGUUCCGAAGAAGAGCUUGAAGCCUCCAGGGACACAGUGAUGAAAGAUGGGCGUCUGGACUUCCCUUGCGACUAUGGCCUACAGCGGCGUCUACGGCAGCAGCGGAACAACGAGCGCGAGUGCUGGGAUGGAAAACUCACUUGGCAGCCCCAUUUGGAGCUAAAGUACAUCUUCGGAAAAAGGCAUUCGACAAGGCUGGACCGUUACGAAGAGAGCAUGGACUUGAAAGUCGGUGGGUGGAAGGAAGAUACGUGGGACUUAGCACGAUCAUUCAUCAUGGACAUUUGGUGUACAUACCAGCAGAUGGCGAUGACAAGGAGGAGGAUCGAUAGGAAAAUCAGUCCAGACAAGGUUCAGAUGCGAGCGACUACGGCUUCCCCGGAAGAUGCAGGUACAAUAGCUACAACCGGAGCGGAGGAGGUUUUACGGGAAUGGUCAAGUGAAAAGGCUAUCGAGCUGAUUAAGGACCUAGCUCGGUUGGGUUUCUUUGAGAAGAAGAAGUUCGGUGUGUACAGACAUGGUGGAACUGUGGGCUGGCUUACAGGACUUGUCGAGUAUCCUCAAGUGGCAAAAGUACUUACCAAGUUGGUGGUAGAAAUACAGCCAGAUGCUACCUUCACCUUAGUUAUGGUCUCUCACAAUGGUGUGCGGGGAAUGCACAAGGACUUCAACAAUGAUUACAAGACCCAGAACUAUGUCAUCCCAAUCAAUCACCCUGAAGCAGGUGGAGAGCUAUGGGUCGAGUUGACGGCGGGGGAUAUUGUUAAGGGUGUGAUCGAUCGGCGUGAGGUGAAUGGCACAUCCGUGUACAGUCAACUACUACCUCUACGACAGGAUCAGUGCAUCUCGUUUGGUCCCAAGAGACGACAUGAAGUUAAUGCGUGGGAGGGUGACAGAACAGUGCUUAUUGCCUGUACACCAAAUUGUCUGGGAAAGCUAUCACAAGACGAUCUUCACGCUCUUCAUGACUAUGGGUUUCCAGUUCCACUUUCUCAACUACCAGAGUUUUCGGGCAACUUGAGUAUUGAAGGCCCGGAGCUGGACAUCAAGGAGAUGAAGCUGGAAUCGCUGACUGAGGAGGAGGACGAUGUGGAAUGGUCAAUGUACCUGGACUUAGAGCCGGGACUGGUGAAGAUAUUGGAUGCAACAGCAAGUCAUGAAGGUUGCCCACGGAUGCUAAAGACGGAAGUGAGCUAUACAGCCAGGAUAGAAGAAGUGCUACGUGGACUAAAAGGACCCCUGGAUGUUGUGCACACGGUGAAUCCUGAAGAAGUGUACGCAAACCUGCAAGAGUGGCGACCGGCAAUAGAGAAGGAAAUGGCUGGUGUGGAGUUGGCAACUCAACGGUUGCUACCAGGUACAGAGGAGCGGCGUACAUGGCUAAAUAAGCCGAGGGUGCAGAGGCUACCAAUGAAGUUCGUGUUCACCGUGAAACCCAACGAUCAGGCGGUUCUGAGCGAUCCAAGGUCGUGGUACAAACGCAAGGCUCGGCUCGUUAUAUGUGGGAACAUGGCGUCCAAUGAAGGAGGCCAGGUGUACACCGAAACAGCGCCUGCAGGAGCAGUUCGUACAGGCUACUGGAAACGCUUGGCUUGGCUGAGCGUAUGGAGCUGUGGGGACUCAUACGUGCACUAUAUGGACUACGAGAGGAUACUGGUCCAGGAAAUCGGGGCUCUUAUCAAGAAAGUGUGGGAGACGUCAGAGCUGAGCUUCCUGGGAGAGGGGGAUCCAAUCCGGUGCUACAACAUGGAUACAUCACAGAGCUACUACGUCUUCAUGAAGUGGAGUUGUGCAGAAGGGACAAGGUACCAAUCACCAAAGAGCUACAAGUUCUGCCAGAGGAUGUGGGAGAUUGUGGUGCGGCGUGCGCAGCAAAUUACAGGUGAAGUCUUAUGGGUGUCGCAGCGGACGAGACCGGAUUUGGCAUUUACAACAAGUAUUAUGACAGCACUAUGCGUUCGGUGUCCGUCUCGCGUAAUCCAGAUCGGAGAUACAGUCCUGGGGUAUUUGCAACGUACUUCAACCUAUGGGCUCACAGUGUCCUGGAGCGGAACAGGGCUUACUAUGUUCUGUGAUGAAGCAUUUGCACCACAAGGAGAGAGGUCCCAUGGUGGUUGGGUCGUAGUAUACGGUGGAGUGCAAAUAGUGUGGCGCAGCGGCCGUCAGCAAAUGGUCACAUUAUCGACAGCUGAAUCAGAGCUGAUUUCCAUAGUGGAUGGUGCAAUAGCGUUAAAGGGGGUGGAAGCAAUCCUAGCAGAUGUGGGGGAGUUCGUCGAGGUUCGGGAGAUUGCGUCCGACUCUACAGCAGCCUUGAGCAUAACUGCGGGUGUUCGACAACCAGCAGAUCUUCUAACAAAGGCCCUUAGUCAAGCGAGGACAGCGGCACUCUUACAGCUAUGGAACAUUGAGGAGGUGGACUGGGAUACGGCAGGUUUGCUGAUGAUAUUGCUUAUGGUCCUGGGUGUUCUCCUGAUCUAUGAGUCGGUGAAGUGGUUUCUAGCAGAGCUUUGUAAUGAGUGGUCAGUCAUCUACAGCAAUGCCAAGGAGAAGGCCGCCAACACCGCCCAUACCUACACAGGAUGCUACGAGUUCCAGGUCAGAGCUAAGAUCUACUAG